CGUUGUGCCCGCUACAGAAUAAUGUCCACGUUUCGCUCCAGAUCAUUCCCUCCUCCCAGGGGGAAGGAAAUGGCUGCAAUGGAGCUGGCUCAGGGGCCGGUGACUUUCGAGGAGGUGGCUGUGUAUUUCACCAGGGAAGAGUGGGCUCUGCUGCACCCCACUCAGAGAGCCCUCUACAGGGAUGUCAUGCAGGAGAACUAUGAGAAUGUGACCUCGCUGGUAGGGUUUCCAGUUUCCAAACCUGAUGUGAUCUCGCAGCUGGAACGAGGGGAAGAGCCAUGGAUCCUAGACCUCCAGGGCUCUGAGGAAGAAGUGCUCCGGAGAGGUGAUGGGAUGGUGAGUGAGAAUGAGGAGAAACCCCAGCAGGAAGAUGCUGAGCAAGUAGAACCACAUGGGACGUUAUCAGGAAGAUCCAAAGGGAAUGUUUCCGGGAGUUGUGCACUCCGAGAAAAAGCAAAAGCCUGUGAGAGUCAGGAGAGGCCAGAGGAAAACUUCAGUAGCCACUCAGACCUUAUAAUACAUGACAGAAUCAACUUGGAAGAGACACACUACACGUGCUCUGAGUAUGGAAAAAGCUUCAAUGGGAACUCUGCCCUUAUCACACAUCAGAGAAUUUACAUGGGUGAGAAACCUUAUGGAUGCUCUGAGUGCGGGAAAUGCUUCAAUCGGAUCUCACACCUUAUCAGACAUCAGAGAAUCCACACAGGAGAGACGCCCUACACGUGCUCCGAGUGUGGGAAAAGCUUCAGUCAGAGCUCUGCCCUGAGCACACAUAGGAGAAUCCACACAGGAGAGAGGCCCUACACAUGCUCCGAGUGCGGGAAAAGCUUCAGUCACAGCUCUGCCCUGAGCACACAUAGGAGAAUCCACACAGGAGAGAUGCCCUACACAUGCUCUGAGUGCGGGAAAAGCUUCAAUCAGAGCUCUGUCCUGAGCCUACACAGGAGAAUCCACACAGGAGAGAGGCCCUACACAUGCUCUGAGUGCAGUAAAAGCUUCAGGCGGAGCUCACACCUUUUCAGACAUCAGAGAAUCCACACAGGAGAGAGGCCGUACACGUGCUCUGAGUGCGGGAAAUGCUUCAGUUGUAGCUCACACCUCAUCUCACAUAAGAGAAUCCACACAGGAGAGACGCCCUACACAUGCUCUGAGUGUGGGAAAAGCUUCAGGCUGAGCUCAGACCUUAUCAUACAUAGGAGAAUCCACAGAGGUGAGAAACCGUAUGGAUGCUCUGAGUGCGGGAAAUGCUUCAGUCGGAGCUCACACCUCAUCUCACAUAGGAGAAUCCACACAGGAGAGACACCCUACACAUGCUCUGAGUGCGGGAAAAGCUUCAGUCAGCGUUCAAACCUUAUCAAACAUCAGAGAAUCCACAUGGGCAAGAACUGUAAUAAAUCCUUUGACUAGGGCUGGCCAAAGAUUUUUUUUUUUUUUUUUAAAUCACAUUUGCUAAUUCCCACAUAGUGAUUUUUGCACCAUAUUCACCGUGAUCUCUCAGCUCCACCAGAUGAGUUGCCUGCUUGUGCCUUUUGCAACUCACCUUCUUUGGGGUCAGUCCUGUGAUCUUUUCUAUCAACUCCUUUCCUUUUGAGUUGUAGGAGUGUGUCCCCCUCCAGCCAGGAAUGUUCAUCCGCUCCAGGUGGGAGAGAGAGGUUUGAUCCCAACAAGCUGAAGCAAAAACUACCUGUGCCUGACAUCCACUAGCACUGCACAUGGCGUUGGCUGCUCAAGUUAGUGAUCUUGGUGUAAAAAGACAAUUCUAGUUGUAGAGCCGAUGCAGCCCAGGUGCAGUCGUUAGCAUUAGGUUCCCCCUUGACCUGACCUAAACAAACCCUGAGCAUCACGGUUAUACUGUUCCCCCAUUUCAAAGCAACUGUUAGUCUUCAGGUUCCCCCUUUGGGAACAAAUUGUUUCAUUCCCAGUUGCUCUGAUGUUGCUUCAGGUUGUGCUGCAGAGCAGAUACUUUUACUACUAUUUUUAUCACUUCAAUAUUUUUAACUAUAACAAAGAGCAGGAACAGGGCAGGGAUAGGGGAAAAUGUUAUUUCACCCUCUGUAACAACAGAAGAAGAUAGGGUAAGUCAGAGAGAUUUCCUUAUUCCCCAUCACCAUCCCAAUCCCCCCCUGCUCUUCAAUUGGUUAGGUCAAUAUUUUUUCUAAAGGGCUGGGAAGAGGAUUCCCUAGUAAAUGACUUGGAACUACGCAAAAUGCCCAUACAUUUGGGCUCCCAAAGCAGUUGUGGCACGGGCUCUGCAGGAAGUCGAUCCUGAAGAUAUCACCUUCCUAAUCCGGUGCAUGUUGCCUAUUAUUUGGGAAAGGCAAUCCCUAUCUAGGUAAAGAUGGGGAAAAUGGAAGGGACAUUUCUCUUCAGCUCACCCCUGGGAGAUGCUGCAAAUGUGUAGAAAAUGAAAUCCAUGUUGAAUGUGAUAUAGCUGCAGAAAGAUACCUAUUUUUAAUAGACACCUGACAUUUGGUGUCUUACACGGAUUCUAAGCAGCACCUGAAUUUAAUCCCCAAUUUAAAUCUGUGCCACCAGAUUAAAGAAAUAAAAGGGCAUCUUUGGGGGCGUUAUACCUCACUAUCGCUACUGAUAUGUUGUGUGGUAGGUGAAGAAUUCUAUGCCAGAGAAAUGUAAAAUUACUCCAAGUAAGGUCAAAGAUUUGACAAGAACUCAGGUAAAAAUUGCAAGUACUGGUGGUUGAUUUUCACACCAGAGAUGGAAGCUAUGGUGACCUGUGGCCCAGGAAAACUAUUUUUAGAACCCUGCUCCCUUGUUAAGUGGUAUUGGUCACACUCCUAAGGGAUGCCAUAAUUAAAUUGGGAAUAACCGUCCUUUACCAUUUGGAUCCAAAGUUUCAUGAAGCACAGAGAGAAACAGCUGAUUCCUUCAGAGCCAUUCUAUGCCUAUGGGUCUGAAUCUGGCUACCUUGUUGGACAAAAGCACUUCCAUGCUGGGCAAAUGAUGGUAGCCAAUGAGGGAAUGUAUCAGAUUCCAAGUUCAGACUGCAGGAUUCAUGAUUGCUAAGUCCAGAGUCUGUGGUUUGGUCUCUUGGAUUUGCUAUUAAGUCUAGUGCAUUUGUAUCACUUCUCCUGCUGCUGCUACUUUGAAGGAUUAGAAAGUGUGAAAAUAGAGCACAGGUGGUUUUUCUCAUGAUGCAGCCUUCCCAUGUAGUGGGAGACUCCUUCCACCCAUUCUUCUUGGAGAAGACCCAGGGAGAAAUGAAUUCACAGAAAUGGAAGGCUCCUAGGUUAUUGUGGAAUGUGACUUCACACAAAGCUCAGUGGGUGGAAAUGGGAAUAAAGAGAAAACUGCCCUAUUGGUUUAUAUUUUGUAAUCGUUGGAUAAGUUGUUACCAGCAACAAUGAAAUUAAACAUGAAGUUAAUUAGUGUCACGGAAGAGGCUGAUGAUGUGAUAACUUUCAGUGUUACAAUAUAAUUCAGGUUUUCUAAUUCUCUCCCUGCUGCCUCCUACUACAUAGGAAAUGGUGGCUAAUCCUGAAAUUAAAACCUCACUCCAAAGGAAUUAGAGUAGGGGAAUAUGUGAGAGAAAUAGCAUGUAUGAGAAUAGAGACCCAGUAUAGACGGUAAUUAUUUCUAUUUAAAAUGGAAUUUAUUAUGAUAAAUUUUAAAAUAAAUCUUCCCUUAAGAGGAAAAUUACUUGAGACAGGAUUUGGAACCUUUUACCCAGUUAGAGGGUAACAGCCACAGAGUUCUCCAGGUCUCUUGUUUGCAAAGCAAAGAUGUCACAUCAGGCAGGAGAUGUCAAAAUCUAAAAUGGUGAUGGAUGUGUGAUGGUAGCUUUUCUGAGUUGGUGUUUGGUUUGGUUCCUUAAAUUAAAUUUUGUAACCAGUUAUUUUUAUAGGCCCCUUUUCCUUAGGCCUGGCUCUGGAAACCUCCCCAAAACUGGCCUUCUGUUUCUUUCAUGUUUGAUAUCUUUGGGGUUCACACAUCCACACUACAUGCAGUUCACAGCAACAGAUACUUUGAGAAAGCUGCUGGGUUAAGUGGGCCUUUUCCAAACUGACAUUGGCCCAAAGUCUGCCUCAAUUCAGCUGGAUUGGGACACGUCUGUAUCAAAGGAGUGGUUCACACCUGAUUUGCCCAGAGAUCUCGGGGGAGGUGUUGUAAGAUAGGAUAAGUAGGAGUCCACAACAAUAAAAUUAAAGGUAGGGGUGACAGACCUUCACCUUGCAGGUCAACAAGCCUGUUCUGUUCGUUCCCUCUGAUGCAUCUGGCACUGGUCACUCAGGCAGCACACUGGGCUAGAUUGACCAUUGAUCUGACCCAGUAUGACCAGUCUUGCGUUCUUCUGUAAGCCAUCUAGGGUCUUGUCUACAUUGGCAAGUUUCUGCCCAGUAAAGCUGCUUUCUGCAGUGUAAUGCCCGAGGGGUACACACUGCCAAGCCACUUACUGCGCAGAAACUGAACAGUUGCAGCGCUGUAAAAAAAAACAAAAAAACACUGCGACGAGAGGUGUACAGCUUCCAGCGCCCGGGCUACAGCGCCGCGGUGCCAGUGUAGACACCCUGGUCGAUUACAGUGCUGCGAUUGGCCUCUGGGAGGUGUACCACAAACCCUGCUCUCGCCUCUCCGGUCAUCAUUUUGAACUCUACUGCACUGCCCUCAGGUGACCAACCAUGAACCCCCGCCCCCUUAAAUUCCUUGGGAAUUUUGAAAGUCCCCUUCCUGUUUGCUUGGUGAUGCAUGCAGUGGUCUCAGCGCAUCUUUCCAGGUGACCAUGCCUGCUCCAUGCACCAAGCGAUCCCUUGCUUGGAGCAGUGUUGAAAUGCUGGACCUCAUCAGCAUUUGGGGAGAGGAGGCUGUUGUAGCUCUAAGGAUUAAUAUGCUCAUUUGCAUAGUUAGAAAGUAAACAGCUCUAACAGCUUUUGCAUUAGCUUCCUCUGCCAGAGGUGUGACAUUAGUUUUCUCUAUCAGAGGCACCACCAAAGGUGUGAUCCUAUAUCUUCAACACCAGGUCAUCAAAACAGGGUGUAAGUAUUAACCAAACCUUUGCAGCACAUAAUCAUGUAUUACCAUAUAUAUAUAUAUAUAUAUAAUAUAUAUAGCUUGAAUAACUGUGAUACAAUUAUAAUUUUGUAAUUCUAACCGUUUUACCAUUUACUUAUUAUGUCAUUAAUUUUAAUAAAAAGUCUUUAUACCU